AUGAUUUGCGAGGAGCAACCUUUUGAUGGAGUUCCCUUUUUGGGAGCUGACCUGACCGAGGAAAUGGAGCCGGAAGGAACCGAAGGCUACCUCUUGCCUUGUGCUGUAGAAGACCUCCAAUGGAGGGACGUUUGUAUGGGCACUGAUAAUGAUAGCGAUGAUGACGAGAAUACCAACGGUAUGCCGCCAAGACGAAAGUGGGCGAUUGGCCUUGAUGUGGAUGACGAGGAAACCUUGGCCGAAAAGGACACCAUGACAGAAAGUGAAGACGGAAAGUAA